AUGGAUCACUUCAGCUUUUUGAAUCUAAAUGACGAACUUGAAGUAGAGGGUGACCUGCUGAACUUAUCACUGGCAAAUACGACAGAUAAUGUUGCCCCUGAGAAUAAUUCAGAUGAGGAUGUCUCUAUGCACGAUGUUUCUUUUUCUCAAAAUCAUGAAGAAACAGAUGAUACGGAUGGCCAAUCACCUAGCACCAUUGAUGAUUUAGAGGAACAACUGCAUCAGUCUUCUGGUAUUAUUGAUAUUCUUCAUCCAACUGAGUCUGGCGCACGCUUGGCUCAAUCAGGCAGACGCAUACAUAGAAUCAAGGAUAAUGUGGAAAUCGAGAUUGGAGUUGACACGGAUUUGCAGAAUGCUGAAGAAUCUGCUCUGCGCUACGAUGGGGCUGGAUCAAAAGCGAAACAUCAAAACGCGAUCAAAAAUGAAAACGAAGAUUUGUCCUCGGAGUCAAAGACAGAAGGACCAAAACCUAACAAGUUUCAGAUUCACAACCAUUAUUACAUAUCUUUCAAUUCACCCCGAGAGGACUCUGAACUGCUGCCUCAACCAUGGACACAAGAGUCAAAACCUUGCUUCAGGAUACCAUAUUUACUUUUGACUUAUUUACAGAUUGUCUUGAAUACUCUCACGGCAUGUUAUUGCUUAAAACUUGGCUAUGAUGGCGUACAGGGUAUAAAAGUUGAUAUUGAACGAGCGGUAAAACGAAAAAUUCAUGCUUCCUACUUUGAAAUAGAAGCAUGCCGAAGAAAGUAUGCUGAAAAUCAUUGUGAUCCCUAUUCUCGACUUCCAGCUUUACAGGACAUAUGCUUACAAUGGGAAGCUUGCAUGAAUAAAAAUCCCUUUCUCUCAGUGUCCUACUCUACUCUUUUAGCGGAAAUUCUUGGAACCAUUUUGAGCUCGUUUGCAGAACCUUUGAAUGUCAAGGGAUUUUCUUUGCUUCUCAUGAUCUUGAGCUUUUGUUAUCUGUCUAACUUUGGGUGGGGAUUUCUGAGAUCGGGUACAUACUAUGGCUGGAAUGACGAAGACUCAAACUCGGAUGUCAAAACGGUAAAGACGUCCAUGACGCGUGAGUCAAGUUGUCAGAGAACCUUUAAUCAGGUCACCUAUCCUGAAUGCAGCGACGAUAGCCAACCCCACUAA